AUGGAGAACGAUUGGCUUCCUUGCGUCGUCCUUGACUACAUUGAUAGCGAGGAGAUCAUGAUCGAGAUCUACACCCCUGGCAGCUUCCACUGCGAGCGGCUUGGGAUCGCGGGGCCGCACCGCGUGACUCUGGCGCAGCUGCGGCGGCGCCAGUGGGAGGUUUGUCGCGGCGAAGUCCUGCGAGUCCCGGACGGGGCCACGCUGACGCUACACGAGGGCCAGCGCCUCUGGAUCCAGUCUCGAGGACCAGGCCAAGAUGAGCCCGCCGGCCGCCUGGAGCUUGGCGAGGGGUCCUCUUUUCGUUGCAUCGGCGGCUCGGUGGACAACGAGGGCGUGCUCGUCUACCCCGUGACGCUGAAUCAGUCGAGCGGCCGGCGUCGUUACAAGCUCGAGAUCGAGAGUACCAAGACGCUGCUCGUGGACUGUAUUAAUGGCAUCCCCGACCUCCCGCCAGAGGUUACACGGCAGCACGUGGUUUUUUGA